AUGGGUCAUGAUUGUGACGUCCCCUCUUUUGAGAACUUUAUCAAUUGUAAACGCAAAUUGCAAGAUGUCCCAGACGAUGUGAUCACUUCGAUCAUCAAUCAGCACUAUUUUGACACAACUUUCAUAGACCCCGACUCGCUAGCAGAAUCUCCAUCCUUCUCCCUCAGCCCCGCCUCCUCAUAUUCUGGGGAUUCCUCCGGAUACCCAGCUGACACUCCGGAUCAGGAACCUACGUACAUCACUACUGAUAGGGGGCUAGACUAUCUUGGAGCCGUCCCUCUGUCUACCCUCCAUCCAGACAUCUUUUGCCCCAAUGAAGACACCAUAGCCAUGGGCCAAAUUUAUCAGGGAGGUAUAUCACCUUCUGAUAUAUUUCUAGCCCAGCAGUCCUAUCCGGACCUGGAAUAUUUGACCGAUGGGCCAGAGCAGAUGUCUGCCUGUUUCAAUGAUAGUCAGGGCUUUAUUUCUGAUAUUACAGCCCAGCCAUCCUCCACAUUUCCACAUACAUCAUACUCCCCGCUGUCCUUCUCUCAGCCUAAUGAGGAUAGCAUAGCCAUGGACCCCAUAUCUCAAGAAGGAAUACCACCCUCCCACGUAGUUUCGGCCACACAACCAUAUCCGGACUUGCAGCAGACCACCGGGCCGCUUCGAAGAUUUCCUUGCAAACACUGUGAUCGAAGCUUUGCCACUCGGUGGAAUCUAAAGACGCACAUGAAUCUCCAUAACCCCAACCGCAUGAAACCUUUCGCUUGCACGCAUGAGGGCUGUCAUUACGCAUCAGCUCGUAAGAACGACCUAAAAAGGCACAUGGGCUCUUGUAGCCACGCUUAG